AUGGCGUCCUUAAACGUGCAGGACGAGAUCAAGCCUCCGGCUACGAUUGAGAGCCGCGAUGUGGAAAAGUCGAUGCCCCCAGAAGCAGAGAAGCCUGAUGGUGCCCCGAUAGUGGUCUCGGACAAGCUUGCGCGCCAGCUCUCGGCCCGCCAGGUGCAGAUGAUUGCGAUUGCAGGCACUAUUGGGACGGGACUGUUCUUGGGAACGGGCAAAUCUCUGGCUACUGGAGGGCCAGCGUCGAUGUUGAUAUCAUAUUCCAUUGUGGGAGCCAUUGUCUUCAUCACCAUGCUGUCUCUCGGCGAGAUGGCCACUUUUAUACCUAUUGCCGGAUCUUUCUGUACAUAUGCCGGGCGCUUCGUGGAUGAUGCUUUUGGCUUUGCUCUGACCUGGAACUACUGGUUCAAUGAUGCUGUUUCAACAGCGGCCUAUUUAGUCGCCCUACAGCUUCUGCUGAAGUACUGGACGGAUUCCUUUCCGGGAUGGGCGUUCAGUCUCAUAUUUCUCUUCGUUCUGGUCGGACUGAAUAUCGUGUCAGUCAGGGCAUACGGUGAGAUGGAAUAUAUCCUCAGUUUGCUCAAAGUCGUCACCAUAGUUGUAAGUGGCGCCUCCCUAUAUACCAACUGGCCAAUCUUAGCAAAAAAUACUGACUUAGUACAACUUCAGAUAUUUAUUAUUCUUGGAAUUGCUGUCAACUGUGGCGGUAACGUCGACCACCAAUACAUUGGUGGCAGCUUCUUCCUCAAAGGAGAUGCGCCCUUCGUUGGCGGAAUUGGUGGCUUUGCCUCCGUAUUCGUCACGGCCUCAUUCGCAUACGGCGGAACGGAGUCCAUUGCCAUCACUGCCGGAGAGACGAAGGACCCCACGCGCAACAUGCCGAGGGUGAUUCGCAACGUCUUCUGGCGAAUCCUCAUCUUCUAUAUCCUAGCCAUCCUCAUGAUUGGCCUAAAUGUGCCAUACGACUAUCCAGAGCUGACCACCAAGGACACCCGGACCUCCCCCUUUACCAUCGUUUUCCAGCAGGCAGGCAGCCGUAUUGCCGGCAGCUUCAUUAACGCUGUCAUCGUCACUAGCGUCCUCUCGGCUGGUAACCAUGCACUGUUCGCUGGCACAAGAUUGCUCUACACCCUCGCUGUUAAUGGCCACGGCCCUGCUAUCUUUGGGAAGCUUAAUAGAUGGAAGACCCCGUGGAUUGCUGUCAUAGGCACAUCUGCCAUUAGUGGCCUUUGCUUUGGUGCAAGUUAUAUCGGUGCUGGCCAGCUUUGGACUUGGCUGCAGAACAUCGUUGGUGUAUCCAACCAAAUCUCCUGGAUGGCUAUUGGAUAUUCCUCUCUUCGUUUUCGCCAGGCCGUCCGCAUGCAAAACCUCGAGCAUCUUCUCCCUUUCAAAAAUUGGACCUACCCAUGGGGACCCAUCUUAUCAAUUGGGCUCAACGGUCUGCUCAUCCUUGUUCAAGGAUGGUCAUCUUUUAGCCCAAAGUUCAAACCGGUUGACUUUGUCAGCUUCUAUAUCCAACUUCCGGUUAUUCUAUGCAUGUUUUUGACCUGGAAGUUUGUAGUCAAGAAAACGAAGUUUGUCAAGCUGGAGGAGAUGGACCUCUUGACCGAUAGAUAUGAGGAGGCUCGUGUGGCUGGCGCGGCUGAUCUGGGCGCCUCUUCUGCUGUGGAAGUUGCGGAUGGUCCCAAUAAUAAAUGGCAGAAUAAACUCAAGAGGGCUGGGCAAUGGGUAUUUUUGUGA